AUUUGUAGAUCAAUACGCAACUUCUCUCGGCCACUCAUUCUCUCCCAAAUUGUUCCACAUUUCACGAUGGCAACAACUAACAGCGGCAUCCCGUUGGUGGUGAUCGGACGCAAUCCCGGAACCGCUCAAGCCGUUCGGCGAUUAAUGGUUCCAGAGUUCGACGUUGUCCACGCGUGCUUCUCACCAGAGCAAGCAAUCGCCGAUAUCUCCCGCCUUGCCCAAGGCUUGAAGCCACUGGACUACCAUGAGAACGUAGGAUCGCAAAACUACUCUAGAAUUCCUAAUAAUAUAGCCUUUGGAGGUGGCUACGAUCAUGAGGCCAUUGAAGCUAUCAAGACAGCAGUGGACAAGCAAGUGGAUACAACAGGGUUGUUAUGGUUAUGGCCAGAUGCCGAGAAAAGAGUUCAAGGAGGACCGCCACCUACCACCCCGGAGCAAUUCGAGUCUUAUGCAAGUGGCGUCGUAGCGAGGAUCAAAGAGCGUGCGUGUCAAAGUGACUUCAAAGAAUCGCAGGGAGGGGUGUUUUACUACUAAGAGCAACUGUAUGAUGGGAUUGGACAGACUGCACCAAUCAAGCUUCGAAGUCAUGAAAAGAGUACAUGAUUCAAUAGGGAAAUCUCUUGAAUGAAGUUGCAAAAGGUUACCAUAAGAUAGCGAGAUCGUAUGACUGCUAUUCUUCUCUCCACUAUGCCAAGUAGGUCCAAU